UCAGAGCCUCCGUCUGACCUGGACUGAAAUGUAGGUGAGAGACCAGAUUGGUUCAUAUCCUGGGAAAUAACCUAGACGAGGGCAGAGCAAACCCUGCUUAACUCCAGAGGGAGCACAGCCUCUGCCCUCUGCCCGGGCGAGGUGUUCACCACUGCAACAAGCCAAAGAUUAAGGUAAUGCUCCAGUCUUCACCAAGGCAACAACUUCAGGGGGACUGAGGUUCUGGUUGAGCCUUUGUUCCUGCUUAUUCAAAGCGGACCCCAAAGGAGAAGUCACAGCAAAGAAAUUGCCACCAAGCAGCCCAAGAGGCCUGGAAGCCAACCUGGAGGUGAGACCUGGAGAAAGCUGGAAACAUGCUGACCUUGUGUCCUACGAAGCAAAUGCAGCUCCUGGGAAGCCUGCCGUUAGUGCAGAUGAGGGAGAUGGGGGUCCCCAAAUCUGCCGUGUAUGCGGGGAUAAGGCAACUGGUUACCACUUCAAUGUCAUGACAUGUGAAGGAUGCAAGGGCUUUUUCAGGAGAGCCAUGAAACGCAACACCCGGCUGAGGUGCCCCUUCCGGAAGGGCACCUGCGAAAUCACCCGGAAGACCCGGCGCCAAUGCCAGGCCUGCCGCCUCCGCAAGUGCCUGGAGAGCGGCAUGAAGAAAGAGAUGAUCAUGUCGGACGCGGCCGUGGAGCAGAGGCGGGCUUUGAUCAGGAGGAAGAAGAGAGAACGGAUGGGCAUUCAGCCCCUGGGAACCAAGGGGCUGACUGAAGAGCAGUGGACAAUGAUCAGAGAGCUGAUGGAUGCUCAGAUGAAAACCUUCGACACCACCUUCUCCAAUUUCAAGAAUUUCCGGCUGCCAGAAGUGCCCAGCAGUGGUCGCGAGGUUCCGGAAUCUCUGCAGACUCCAGUGGGGCAAGAAGCUGCCAAGUGGAGCCAGAUCAGGGCAGACCUGUGCUCGCUGAAGGUCUCUCUGCGGCUGUGCCGGGAGGACGGCAGUGUCUGGAACUACAGACCCCACGCUGACAGCAGCGGGAGAGAGAUCUUUUCCCUGCUGCCCCACAUGGCUGACAUGUCAACCUACAUGUUCAAAGGCAUCAUCAACUUUGCCAAAUUCAUCUCCCACUUCAGGGACUUGCCCAUCGAGGACCAGAUCUCCUUGCUAAAGGGGGCCACCUUUGAGCUGUGCCAGCUGAGAUUCAACACGGUGUUCAAUGCCGAGACGGGAACCUGGGAGUGUGGCCGGCUGUCCUACUGCUUGGAAGACCCUGCAGGUGGCUUCCAGCAGCUUCUCCUGGAGCCCGUGCUGAAGUUCCACUACAGGCUGAAGAAGCUGCAGCUGCAUAAGGAGGAGUAUGUGCUGAUGCAGGCCAUCUCUCUUUUCUCCCCAGACCGCCCAGGUGUGGUGCAGCGUAGCGUGGUGGACCAGCUGCAGGAGAGAUUUGCCAUCGCCCUGAAGGCCUACAUUGAGUGCAGUCGGCCCCAGCCUGCCCACCGGUUCCUGUUCCUGAAGAUCAUGGCCAUGCUCACCGAGCUUCGCAGCAUCAAUGCCCAGCACACCCAGAGGCUGCUGCGCAUCCAGGACAUACACCCCUUCGCUAGCCCCCUCAUGCGGGAGUUGUUUGGCAUCACAGAUGGCUGAGCAGCUGCCUCCCUGGGAGAGCCUCCGAGGGGCAGCCUGAGCCAGAGCCCUGCCCUUGGAGCUGCCAUUCCUGGAACUAGAUAGAUGGAUACUGCUGAGAGCUGACAAUGCCCUACAGGUCCUCCCUCCGCGGGGAACUCACAACCAUUCCUCAGGAAAGGGACGAGGGUCUCCCCAGGCCCCAGCCCAGUCUGUGGAGAGUGAAGCCAUAGAAACUUUGAUGGAGAGUGCACCGGCCUAUAGGCCAGGCCCAUCCAGAGGCAAGACCACCCUCCCCUUAGAAAUGGCCCUGUGGUCUGAGCAUCUAGUGUCAUGGUAGGAGAGGGGAAGUGUCUGUGAGAGAAGCCAGAAGGCCUACAGCAAAUGUCAGAGGCUUGUCAAGACCUUUGUGUCUAUUCUUUCUUCCUUCUGUGUCCUUCAUUCUGUGUCUCUGCACCCGUGCAAACACACUAGCAAGCACCAACAGUAUGCAGCGUGCUGUGGGCUGUGCGCCGACUCAGACAUAGUUCCGGACCUCCAAGACUUUAAAAGUUCAACUUGAGGGCGCCUGGGUGGCUCAGUUGGUUAAGCGACUGCCUUCGGCUCAGGUCAUGAUCCUGGAGUCCCGGGGUCGAGUCCCACAUAGGGCUCCCUGCUCAGCAGGGAGUCUGCUUCUCCCUCUGACCCUCUUCCCUCUCGUGCUCUCUGUCUCUCAUUCUCUCUCUCUCAAAUAAAUAAAUAAAAUCUUUAAAAAAAAAAAAAAGUUCAACUUGAGAAAACAAAGCAGAAACACAAAGAACUUUGAGCCAAAGAAGUGGUAAGGGCCAUAAGAAGCACAAGGAAUUUCUUCCUGUGAACGCUGAGCUGUGUGGGCUUUCUGAGGAACCAAGUGAGGGACCUCUGGAACAUAUGUUCAUGGGAGGAAGGGCACUAACUGGCCGUGUGCACAUGCGUGUGACUUAGUGUGUGUCUGCUCCACGUCUGACCCGGGGAUUGGGUUUGCCCCCGCAGCUGGAACACUGGGGUGCUCUCUGUGACAGGUUGUGUUGAGAGGCAGUUAAUAAACAUCCUAGCUAUGCAUGCACUGUAUCUUCCUGUUUACACAUCUAUUUUGAAAGCUAAAGAAAAUGACAAUGGUUGCUUUGUUUAUAGCCAUUUUGAGUGAAAAUGUUUUUGCUCUUGGUGCAAAUUACAUUUUGACUAAUAUUACAUAAGGCAUUCUACACAUAAGGACAAGACUUAGCAAAUAUGUUCAUGAGUUUAGUGCCAAAUCAAGGCAAGAGGAUUUAAAUAAUUAAUUUUUGGCUAGAGUUUUAAACCUUUUUUUGCCUUCUUUUCUUGGGGAAAAAAUGUGGGGGUGGGAAAAUAGAAAUAUUAUUAUAUAAUAUACAUAUCUAUUUCUUCACUACUUGUUUUACUCUUGCCCUUUACACAUCUGACGGCUGUUGGUGUUGGUGUAAA